GAGAACAGGUUAUUUUUCAAAGGAUACGAACCGAUCUUUGGAAAAGAAUGGCAACUUGGUUUACCUUUAUCAUCGCAAUUAUUAUAACGAUUUUUACGCAGGUAAUUUUAUAGUUAAACUAUUAUUGGAGUCGUUCAUGCCUGUGUUGACACAGCAACAGUGUAAUAAUACACAAUAUAAUAGCAUAUAAUACGCCUAUAAUAAUGCAGAAUGUAAAUGAUUGCAAUUAAAUAUUGUUCUACAUAUUAAUUGAUUCUCCUCCUUUAGGUUCUGGGAUCUGGUGUAUUCGAGCUUGAUCUUCAUCAGUUUCAGAAUAAUAGAGGUUUGCUGGCAAACGGCAUAGCUUGCAGUCCAGCCUGUAGGACUUUUUUCCGAGUUUGCUUGAAGAACUACCAGACCGUAGUGUCACCAGGUGACUGCUACUUCGGCAGUGCCGUUACACCUGUACUAGGCACCAACUCGUUCACGGUCAUGGAGGACGGCACGUUCACUAAACCUAUUCGCCUGCCAGUCACCCACUUUGCAUGGCCGGUAAGACGCUAUAAUACCACAUUGAGGUGGUUGAGAAUAUAUCUGCCUAUUGAUACAUGGAAUAACGGUGUUUGCAAUAAGAUGAGUGGUGAAGAGCUAAGCAUAAAUCAAACGACUGCACUAGCCUAUAUGGAUGUGCAUAACAUGAAAUAUGAGGAUUUAUGAUAACAUGUUAUUAUGUUAUUAGCCUAGUCUACAUAUAAUUCAAUAGAUAUUAUCUAAAGAAAAAAAAGAAAAGAAAAAAGAUGUGCAACUGAAAAAAUGAAACUCAUUGUAGGCUAAUAUUUUUUAUCCACCUGUCCUUCUAGGGCUCGUUUUCUCUAAUCAUUGAAGCAUGGUAUUCUCCUUCAGCGGAUCUACCUGAAGGUGAGUGGCGCGCUCCAUACAUGACCACCACUAGAGGGAUACAUGGCACUGUUACAGAUGCAUGACAAAUACUCCCUAUGCACUAGAUUUAAAUCAUUACGCAGUAUAAAUAAAUGCAAUUUAUACAGAAAUGUUGCAGUUAUAAUGAAACUUGGAAACGUGAACGUGUUGAUGUCCAUGUGUCAUGAUGAAUUACGUGCAACAGAACACUUCUUUCAUGCUCUGUGUCCAACACAAUCGCACUUCCUCUAGUUUAUUUUAAGCGUGGGAAAGUGUGCAAGUCUUUAGUGAGGAUAUCUAAACCUUGCCAAAAGCCACUGACUGCCUUUCCUGUAUUUUACACCUUUUGCUGUUCCGCCCUUUGGAAGGGGAAUAAUGGGUUCAAAAUGUUUUGCUGACAUAAAGGAAGAUGACAUUUCAAUCGCAGUUGAAAAAAUUGCGCACAGGCCUUGAUAUAUGCCUAUCAUAAACUGAUAACUUGCAUUAAACAUUUACAUUCUAUAUAUCCUAUUGAGAGAAAUAAUUAAAGACAAUGUGCACUGUUUGUUUGGCCUUUUUAAAAAGCAUGCAAUCAUACAGUAGUAGCCUAUUUGAUAGGCCAUACUAUCUUGACACGUGUUUUGUUCUCUAUCCCAGCAGAUACAAACAACCCUGCCUUAUUGAUUAGUUAUUUUGCCAUUCAAAGAAAGUUGGAAGUAGGGGAUGAGUGGUCCCAGGAUGUGCAGAGUGUGGGGCAGACGGAGUUAAGGUACUCAUACCGGUUCAUCUGCAAUGAAAAUUACUACGGGGACAGUUGUUCCAAAAUAUGCGCUCCAAGAGACGACCAUUUUGGCCACUACACCUGCAACCCUGACGGGCAAAUAUCAUGUCUACCGGGCUGGAAGGGACACUACUGCGAAGAACGUAAGCAAUCAGAAUAAAAUGUUCUGGGUUUCUUAAGAAUACUUUUCACAUUAUGUAGCAGGAUGUUAUUUCUAGAAGUAUUUGCAUAAUAGGACCUAUAGUGUCGAGAUGCUGGUGCUCUAGAAAGGCUUAGAUUUGCAUUUUGGAGUGACAAGGAUGAGCGAAAAUAGCGCGGCGCGCUCCCUCCCAACCCAGCCCCUUCACCCCUAGAUUUCUCACCACUUUGGGCACAUGUGGGUAGAAUAAUCCGGGUAGCGUUCUGGGAAAGCAGCACGCGCCGGGUUAAUCGCGGCAUUAUUAUCAGCCACGCGCCACUAAAUUGCGGGCUCUAUUGUUGAGCGGUAGGGCAGCAGCUGCAAACAGGGUUCAACAGCCUACGAACAACAAUGGGGCAGCUGUCCGCUUUUGAGAGCAAGCAUCUGCUCAGGCCUAACCAGCCGUUAAACACUAGUCUUGUAACCAUGCAAAUUCAAUGUCACAACACAGAAACAGCAAAUGAAGGUUUAAUUAGAAAUAGACAGGUAACAGUUUUGAUACUACAACAGUGGGAAGGGGAUACUUAAUCGAAGCCAGAAGCUUUAUGAUGUAUUGUUGAAUGAGUUUACAAAAAAUUAAGUUCCUGUUUUGUCAAUUUUUUGUAUGCAGCAAUUUGCCUUGAAGGGUGCAGCAAAAUGAAUGGAAAUUGCUCAAGGCCAGGAGAGUGUGUGUAAGUAUACAAUAGUUAUUCUAUUGUGUGUGUGUCUCUCUCUGUGUGUGUGUGUGUGUGUGUUUACAUGCAUGCUUGCCUGCCUGCCUGCAUGUGUAUAUGCCUGCAUGUGUAUAUGCCUGCAUGUGUGUAUGCACACAGUGCUAAAGGUGUGGUGUUUUGUCUGUGACAGAUGCAGAGAGGGCUGGCAGGGAACCUUCUGUAAUGAGUGUAAGAGGCAUCCAUCCUGCAAACAUGGCACCUGUCAGCAGCCCUGGCAGUGCUCCUGCAAAGAGGGCUGGGGAGGCCUCCUCUGUGACCAAGGUCAGUGUCUUAGGCUCCUCUGUGUCCUGCUGUGAAACAAUACAGAAGUACUGCUGUUCAAUAGCCCAUAGGGGCAAACCACAGGACAUGCUAUAUGACAGUAGAAAUAUGACAUGUUCCUAUAACAUUGCAAGAGCAAGAGUCAUCAGGCAUCCUGAUUAUGAUAGGAGACUAGAGGCAGGGAGUAACAGUUUUUCAUAUACACAUUCAUCCACAGAUCUGAACUAUUGUACCCAUCACAAGCCAUGUCGUAACGGGGCCACCUGUAUGAAUACGGGCCAGGGAAGCUACACCUGUACCUGCCAGCCGGGCUUCACAGGGGACAAGUGUGACAGCGAGGUCAAGGAGUGCGACAGUCAGCCCUGUCGGAACGGAGGCCAGUGCUUGGUAAGCCCGGAAAGCCUAUCCAUUUCCCAAAACACACAGCACACACAGGCUUUCCUGUUAUUGUUUUUCCUCUAUCUACUCCACAUCUCUGGGCCAGAUAGAAGAAUGCAACAGACAGACCUUUAGCCAGUUCACAUACUCUCUCCUGUAAAUGAAUGUAAUUCAAACUGGGGCACAGGGGGCAUGAGAAUUAUGAGAUAAUAAUGUGGAGUCGCAAGGGCAUCGAAAUGAGAGGCACAGCAACAAACCUACACUGCUCUUUUUGCUGGGAUUGUUUCCUGUGACAGUGGGCUGUGAUAACCUCUGUCUAUCUGUGGCCAACAGGACCUUGAGAACGGCUAUAGGUGUGCAUGCCCACAGGGGUUUGAGGGGACGCACUGCGAGCACAGAAUGCUGACUUGUGCCGAUUCACCCUGCUUCCACGGGAAGUGCAGAGAAAGGGACAACGGGCGGAGCUACUUGUGCGAGUGCCCAGGGGGCUUCACUGGACUCAACUGUGAGAAGAAAGUGGACAAAUGCACCUCCCUGCCCUGUACAAAUGGUAUGUGAUAGUUUCCACUCUCUCUACAUCUCAACAACAACGAUUAGAAGGAAUUUGUUUAUUGUCUUUGAGUUAUUUUCUACACUGUCAGUACAGAGCACUUAGUCAAACAAAUCAAUUUGGAAUGUUCUCUCUAGAGACAUCUGCAUUAGAGCUAACCUAAAGUGACUAUGAUGUGCACUGUUUGAUAAUGCUGGUCUACUCUGUUCAGGUGGACGUUGUGUUAUCCACGGCACCACACGCUGGUGCAGCUGCCGCUCAGGAUUCACCGGCCUGCGCUGCGAGAUCAACAUCAAUGAGUGUUCCAUGAACCCCUGCGCCAACGGAGCAACUUGCAUGGACCGCAUCAACGAAUAUACCUGUAUCUGCCCCCUGGGCUACACCGGCCGCAACUGUGACAAGCCCACUGACAGCUGUGCCUCCAAACCAUGCCUGAACGGUGGGACCUGCACCAACGGGGCCAAAGGCCAGCCUGCUGACUGCACCUGCCCAGCCCACUUCAGCGGCACCCAGUGCCAGUCCUACGAUGUGCCUUUACUCAUCCCCCCCAGCCCCAGACCCAGCCCCAGUCCCGUCAGAGAGCCCCAGGACAGGCUCCACUGGGCAGCCAUCUGUCUGGGUGUGGGCCUGGUGGUGCUCCUGGUGCUGAUCUGCAUGGUGGCCAUGGUCCUGCGCCACAUCCAGCAGCAGAGGAAGAGGGAGCAGGACUCAGAGACCAUGAACAACAUAUCAGAUGUCCAGAAGGAGAACCUCAUAUCUGACCUGCAGCCGAAGAACACCAACAAAAAGGUGGACCUGGACCUGGAGGUGGAUUGUCCCAGGAAGAAGUUCCAAAACCACAAACACAUCAACUACCACUUGGACUACAAAACCUCCAAGGACUACAAGGAUGAACCGUCACAAGAGGAUAAAGAUGACAACUGUAAAAAGACCAUAGAGGAGAAAAUGCCAUUGAGUAGAAAGUACAGGUAAGUUCAAAUGCUGCCUGCAGAUGACAACCUGGAUAGAUUUUGACCUACUUCCUAUUCUCCAGUUUUUGAUAAAUGACAGUGGUUUGGAUUUGUGUUUAAGUGUUGACAUGUUUUUCUUUUCAUUUACAGUGAAAGGCCAGAGUGUAGGGUAUCAACGAUAUGUUCUCCAAGAGAUUCUAUGUACCAGUCUGUGUUUGUGAUAGCAGAGGAGAAAAAUGAAUGCGUCAUAGCAACUGAGGUAAGCUUAUUUUUUCAAAUUUCCUCUGAACAUGUUCCUGCAACUCUUGACAACAGUUAUCAAUCAGCAAUGCAAAAGUUGAUCAAGGUUUCCAUUAUAUUGCUCCGAUGAUUCAACUAGUUAACUUUUUUUCUUCUACUACCAGGUAUAAUACAUGGAGGGUAUCAGCCAUUCUGAAGAAUGGAUAUCUUCUGGACUGUUUACAGUGUAGAAACAGACAGGGAUUUAUUUCACUGUGAAUUGCUGCUCUUGAAAACUUGAUAACUGGACCGAGCCGGUGUGCUCUAUGAAUGCAAUAGGACUCAAACUACAGACCUUUGUUAGAAUGUAAGGACUGAACAGACUGUGAGAAAUAAUACACAACUUGGACUUUUGGAUGUUUCACCUUCAGGGUGUACUGACAGAUUCAGCCCCUUGACAGGACGUUUCCCACCAUAUCCAUGGAAAAUAGGCCUAUGUGUUUAUGCCAGCAUGCCAAUCAGCAGGACGAGAGGGCUCUUUCUGGAGAUACUCCACCUUAUUGUGAUAAUCAGAAACCAACCAAUCAACUUACUGCCAACAAGCCUGUGGAAGGAGCCAGCUACUUCCAUUUACCCUGGUGAUGUGCUAUGCAAAAAAGGAGACUUUGUUUAAUACACUUUCAAGGAGAGAGAAAAAAUACUAGAAACGGUUCAUUUUAUGAGAAUAUUUUAGACCCAGGCCUAUGUCAAUUUUGUAAAUUACCUGUUUUUGUUUUGAAUAAUUUUUUUUCAGAAAGAAUGUAUGCAUCCCGAAUCACAGAGCCUUAAGUAUGGGUUAUAGAGCUUGAUGCCCUGCUUCUUCUUGGAUCCAUUGCACAACAAAAAAUGAAGGGAAAAUACUUUUAAGAGAAAACAACUGAUGCAAUACAGUGCCAGGGGGAUUCAAGAAGAAGCUAUUUUUACUUCUUAUUAUGCAACAUUGGCCAGAAAUGAGACAAAGAAAAACAAAAGUGACUAUCAUACCAAGGAUGCCUAUAAUUAGAAUUGACAUUACUGAACUAAUAAUGUUUUUUUUAAAGAUUAGUAUUUCACUAGUUAUUUAAAUAUUAUGAAGCACUGGCCUUUCUAUUAUGUUUUAUAUGAUUAUUUUGUAUAUAAUGUAUAUUUAUAAAUUUAGAAGUCGGUGUACAACGGUUUUCAAUUUGAUGCCCAAAAAGUUGAAUUUAUUUGAAUGUUUAAUGUUGUUGUGAUUGUUGUUUUUUAAACAAUGAAAACAUAUCUGGUACACUGCUGUUUGUUUGCUUCAUGUUGAGUAGAAGUGGUCAACUAUAGAGCUUUAAAUAUGCCUAAAUAUUGGAAUGAUCAAGAAACUUCAGUCCAUCACCUGGUGUGGAAAUGGCUUCAUUGUCUAGAUGAUGUAUGACCUUGUAGCAGUUCUAAUAAUCCCAUGUAUACAGUGGUGACUGGUGAGUCAAUGUGAUGUGAAAUCAAUGUGCACGCAAUCAUUUAGUGGACAGUAUUGUAUUUGACAGCAAUGUGAGAAAUAUGGACAAAAGUUAUAUAUAUAAAAAAAAGGAAUAAAAAUGUUAAAGUAGAGUACAC